UAGCACCAACUGGUGCUUUACUAUUAUGUGAGGCUAUUGGUUCUCUACCUGGCAAUGAAAGAUUCACAAAAAGAAUAGAGUAUUCUAAGCUUUGCUCAAUAUUGAUUACAAACCGACUUGGACGAGUGUUAGCACAAAUAAUAAUAUAUGCAGCGAUUGAAACAUUCAUUAUAACAUCAAUUAUUCUUUCAGCGCAAUUAUUGGACAAUUUAUUGAUCGACUUUUUAAAAAUUUCUUGUGGAAUUGGCAUAUAUCCUGAAUUCGGAUGGAUUUGUAUUAGAAACCUUGGAAAUGAAAAUGGUCCGUUUGAAAGUCGGUUGAUGUUGUUUACUAUCGGUUUUGUGAUAACAAUAUUCAUCGCUGCACCAAUGACAUUGAUGGAAUUAUCAAAUAAUGUUAAAAUUCAGAUUGGUGUGUAA